ACUGUUUUUUUUUUGGUUGCGAAUGGCGUCACUUGUCAAGGCGUCGAUUUUUCGCUCUCUCUCCGUUUCGUAUUUUGAAACAAAAAAAAAGUGUUAAUUGUUUGUGAAUGAUAAAAUGUUGAUAAACAAUUGAAUUUUGUGUUUGUUUGUUUGUGUAAAAAUUAAUUGAAAGAAUGGCACAAAAGAAUCAGCAGAACGUUGAGGAGGAUGAGGAAAUGGACAUUGAUCGAGAUCAGGAUGGUGGAUUUUAUUCCGACGAGGAAGGUGGAUUGAGAAUUGACGACGAAAUUUAUAUUCCACCGAGGCCAACGGAAUUUGGCGAAGUCGACACAACUGGUCCACGUUUAAUGAUAACGCACAUUCAUAAUGUGAAUUUUAAAAGUUACGCCGGCGAGCAAACAGUCGGACCAUUUCAUAAGUGUUUCUCGGCGAUAGUCGGUCCAAAUGGAAGUGGAAAGAGUAACGUGAUUGAUUCACUGCUCUUUGUAUUUGGCUACAGAGCGAGUAAAAUUCGUUCGAAAAAAAUCUCCGUCCUCAUUCACAAUUCAAGUGAACAUCUCAAUGUGAAAAGUUGCACUGUCUCUAUUCACUUUCAACAAAUUAUUGACAAGGAAGGGGAUGAUUAUGAGAUCGUGCCAAACAGUCAGUUUGUAAUUUCACGAACGGCUUUUAAGGACAGUUCAUCGUAUUAUCAAUUGGAUGGGAGAAAAGUCAUUUUCAAAGAAAUCGCAAAACUUCUCCGUUCGCAUGGCGUCGAUUUGGAUCAUAAUCGGUUUUUAAUUUUGCAGGGGGAAGUUGAACAAAUUGCUCUAAUGAAACCAAAAGGCCAAGGCGAUAAUGACACUGGUCUGUUAGAAUUUCUCGAGGAUAUUAUUGGCACAAAUCGCUAUAAAGAGCCACUCGAGAAAUUAAAUGAAAAAGUUGAAAUAAUGACAGAUCGACGAACAGAAAAAUUACAUCGUCUUCGUCUUGUUGAAAAAGAAAAGAAGGAUCUCGAAGAACCAAUGCAAGAUGCAGUGCAAUUUUUAAAAUGUGAAAAUUCAAUAAUUAAAUAUCAACAUCAAUUAUAUCAUCGUAAGCGUUACGAUGCAAAAAUUGAAUUUGAUGCACAGGAGAAAAAUUUUGCCGAACAGGAGAAAGAUUAUAAUGAAUUAAUGGAGAAAAUGAAGAAAAUACAAGAGGAGAAAAUUGAAAAGCAAAAGGAAUUUAAGGAGAGGAGUAAAAAAUGGGAAAAAUUGCAAAACGAUAAGGAUGCAAAGACGACGGAAUUCGAUGAGAUUCGUAAACAAGAUCAAGCACUGCAGGAGGAAUUGGUUGAGACAAAUAAUCGAAGGAAGAAAAAUAGAGCCGCUGUUAAAACGGAAAUGGGAAAAUUGGAGGAACUGCAACGUGUUCCUGAGAAGAAUGCCAAAGAUAUUGAGGAAUAUGAGGAAUUGAUAAAGAAAAGUAGUGUCGAGAGGGAGAAAGAGGAGGAGACAUUGAAAACAAUGAUGAGCAGUUUAAAGGAGAAAACAGAACCAUUGUUGAAGGAACGUGUUAAACAGGAGACGGCGCUUAUUGAAUUGAGAAAAAAGGUCGAUGAGGCUAAAUCGGCGUUUGAUAUUGCCCAAUCGGAAUUGCAACUCUACACUUCUGAGGAGGAGAAGGAAAAGGGGAAAUUACAACAAUUACAAGAGGCUUUAACUAGUACAACCGAAACACUGGAGGAUAGACGAAAACAAUUAGGAGAAUUGGAGAGAGAAAUUCCCGCCACUCAGAAGAGUAUCGCCGAAGUAGAACGUAAAUUAGAUGAUUUAAAAACUCGUGAAGCGGAAGUAACACAAAAAUUACGUACAAAAAGAGUGCAAUUUGACGAGCAACAAUCAUCAAUGAAAGCGAGUCAUUCGCGCAAUCUUGUUCUCGGCGCGCUUAUGACAGAAAAACGCAAAGGCCGUAUAACCGGUAUUUUCGGUCGUCUCGGUGAUUUAGGAGCAAUUGACGCCAAAUACGAUGUUGCAAUAUCAACAGCUUGCGGUCCCCUCGAUAAUAUUGUCGUCGAUACAGUGAGCACCGCGGAAAUGUGCAUAAAACAUCUCCGCGACAAUGAUCUUGGACGCGCGACAUUCAUUCCCCUCGAGAAACAACAGCGUUUCGCGCAACAAUGUCGUCAGAGAAUUCAAACACCCGAACAAGUUCCGCGAUUAUUUGAUUUAAUUCAAAUCGAGGAUGAACGUUUACGUCCGGCUUUUUUCUACGCGUUGCAAAAUACACUCGUCGCCGAAGAUUUGGAUCAAGCGACAAGAAUCGCUUACGGUUCGCAACGCCAUCGAGUCGUGACGCUAAGGGGCGAAUUGAUCGAAGUCGCCGGAACGAUGAGCGGCGGCGGUCGAACCUCCCUACGCGGUCGAAUGGGCCAACGCGUCGUGAGAAACGAGCCCAACGAGACCGACGUCGAACAACUCAAAGCCGAACUCGAUCAACUCUUCGCCAAUGUCAAUCAGCUGAAAAUGGAGCAAACUCCCCUCGAGAACCAACAUCAAACCCUCGUGAGAGCCCUUCGCGAAAUGGAAGUCACUCGCGAUAGAUUUAAACUCGAACUGAAGAAUCUCAUCGAACAGGAACCGCUUCUUCAGCAACAACUCAAAGAACAAGAGAAGAAGACCAAAAAUUCAGUGUCGAAUCCCCAACGCGUUAAGGAACUUACCAAGAGCGUCGAAAGUGCCGAACAACGUCUCCAAACCGCCGAAGAGUCCUCAAGUUCCACCGAAGAGAAAGUCGCGAAAAUAAACCAAGAAAUAGACAUAAUUGCGGGAAAUCGCGUUAAGGUACAACAGAAAAAAAUUGCCGAACUCACCAAAACAAUCGACAAAGCGAAUGGCGAAGUCGUCCGUUUGAACGUCGCGAUUAAAACCGCCGCCCGAACUACCACAAAAACAGAACAAAGAAUCGCCACCUUAGAAACAGACGUCACCAAUUGUGAACAAAGAAUCCUCGCCGCCAAACAGGAGAAGGAAAAAUUCGAAGAAAUCGGCAAACAGCUACUUAAGGAUCUCAAGGAACUGAACGAACAACUACAGGAACGAGAUGAAGCAACCGCCGAACAGAAAGAAGCACUUUCUGUUCUCCAAACAAAUGAAAGCGAACUAAAAUCCAAAAAGAUAGACUUCGAUCAAAAAAUAAGCGAACUAAAGAAGAAGAUCCUAGAAAUCGGGGGUAAAAUACCAGAGUAUGGUAAAAGAAUCCGCGGGCUAAAACUACACAAAAUUCCGGAGAGUGACCAAGAGGAAUUAAUCGAACCAACCCAGGAGGAACUGGACAACUUUGACGAGAAGAUAAUUCAACAAAAUUUACAACGAGCGAAGGAAAAAUUACCGGAGGAAAUACCGAAUAUGCAGUACAUUAAGGACUAUCAAGAGAAGGAUCGUUUAUACCUGGAGAGAGCGGCCGAACUCGAUGUUAUAACAACCGAGAGAAAUAAUCUUCGUGACAUCUACGAGGGCGCCAAGAGACGACGAAUGGAAGAAUUCCGCAAUGGUUUCAAAAUAAUAACAACAAAAUUAAAGGAAAUGUAUCAAAUGAUAACCUUAGGCGGCGACGCCGAAUUGGAAUUAGUCGACUCUCUAGAUCCCUUCAGCGAAGGUAUUGUCUUCAGUGUACGUCCUCCAAAGAAGUCUUGGAAAAAUAUCAGCAAUCUGAGUGGUGGUGAAAAAACCCUAAGUUCCCUGGCUUUGAUCUUUGCCCUUCAUCACUAUAAACCGACGCCAUUUUAUUUUAUGGACGAAAUUGACGCUGCUUUGGACUUUAAGAAUGUAUCGAUUGUCGGUAAUUAUAUAAAGGAACGAACAAAGAAUGCACAGUUUAUUGUGAUAUCGUUGAGAUUUAAUAUGUUUGAGUUGGCGAAUUAUUUGGUUGGUAUUUAUAAGACUUAUAAUUGUACAAAGUGUGCGACAUUGGAGGUUAAUAAGGCGUAUAAACAUCAUGGAAUAGCACCGCCUGUACAAUUGAAUAAUAUGACGCAGCAAAAGAAUCGUUAUUUGACGCAGUCGCAAAAAAUGAGUCAGCCAUCGAUUAAUGAACAGGAUUUAUUGAAGAGUGUUGAUGGAUUACAACAGGUGGCGACAUGCUCGGAUCAUAAUGAAAUGGAGGAGAAUUGUGACAAAGGGGAAAAUAAUGCGGUCACUAAUGUACCGGAUCUCGAAUUGUGUCCAACGCCACGAAGAAAUUCCGAGGGACGAGAGAGGAGAUCGCUCUCCUUAAGUGAAUUAUCCGAAGGUGACAAUGAAGAAAAUUCUUUUAUUAAUAAAACAGAUGAAGCUGAAGAGCCAACGCCGAAAAAAAGACGAUUACAACGUAAGAGAACUCGUUAACUAAAAAUAUAUAUAUAUAUUUAUAAAUAAUAUGAAAAUUAAAAAAAAAAAAUAGUUGACUGUAAUUACGAAAAA